UGCAGCUGGCGCAGCUCAGACUUCGUUCAGCCGCCGCGGAGCAGCCAGCAGCCACCUUCCCCAACCGGUCCCCGCGCCCGGGCCGGGGCUAGGCCCCCCACCGCCGGUCCCCCGGGGCUGCAGCAGUAGCGGCGGCGGUAGCGGCGCUGUCCGCGGCUCCCGCCGGGGCCCGGGCGCCCGCCCCGCUCUGCAGGAUGGGCACGGUGCUGUCUCUUUCCCCUGCCUCCUCGGCCAAAGGCCGGAGGCCCGGUGGGCUGCCGGAGGAGAAAAAGAAGGCGCCGCCCUCGGGGGACGAGGCUCUGGGGGGCUACGGGGCGCCGCCGGUAGGCAAGGGCAGCAAAGGCGAGAGCCGGCUCAAGCGGCCGUCCGUGCUCAUCUCGGCGCUCACCUGGAAGCGCCUGGUGGCCGCAUCUGCCAAGAAGAAGAAAGGCAGCAAGAAGGUGACGCCCAAACCGGCGUCCACGGGCCCCGACCCCCUGGUCCAGCAGCGCAACCGCGAGAACCUUCUCCGCAAGGGCCGGGACCCCCCGGACGGCGGUGGCGCGGCCAAACCUCUAGCUGUGCCGGUGCCCACCGUGCCCGCGGCCGCCGCCUCCCCGCAGGCCGCGCCGCCGGUGCCUGGUGGGUCUCCGCGCCGGGUCAUCGUGCAGGCGUCCACCGGCGAGCUGCUGCGCUGCCUGGGCGACUUCGUGUGCCGGCGCUGCUACCGCCUCAAGGAGCUGAGCCCGGGCGAGCUGGUGGGCUGGUUCCGUGGAGUGGACCGCUCGCUGCUGCUGCAGGGCUGGCAAGACCAGGCCUUCAUUACACCCGCCAACCUGGUGUUCGUGUACCUGCUGUGCCGCGAGUCGCUGCGUGGGGACGAGCUGGCGUCGGCCGCCGAGCUGCAGGCCGCCUUCCUCACCUGCCUCUACCUCGCCUACUCCUACAUGGGCAACGAGAUCUCCUACCCGCUCAAGCCCUUCCUGGUGGAGCCCGACAAGGAGCGCUUCUGGCAACGCUGUCUGCGCCUCAUCCAGCGGCUCAGCCCGCAAAUGCUGCGGCUCAACGCCGACCCCCACUUCUUCACGCAGGUCUUUCAAGACCUCAAGAACGAGGGCGAGGUCGCCGCCAGCGCCGGGGGUCCACCCAGCGGGGGCGCGCCGGCGGCUCCCAGCUCCUCGUCGUCGUCCGCCAGGGACAGCUGCGCGACCGGAGCCAAGCACUGGACUAUGAACCUGGACCGCUAGGGAUAGCCAAGGGCCGCGCCCGCCCCCAGCCCCAGCCCCUGACACAUACUGGGAGGCCCCAGGCCCGUCAAGCCGCCGCCGCAGUUACCGCCACUCGGAGCCCUGGUCAUAGGAGUCGCCGCCCCUGCCCGGCGGGGGAAGGUGGAGGCCAGGACGCCUGAGGCCGUGGUGCUGGAUUUGCUGGGCGUAGGGUGCGGGGUGGGGGGAUGAACGCGGGAGGAGGACUCCCCAACCUCACCCUUCCUGUCUGUCUGCUCCCUCCUGUCUCCAGUUCUGUCCGGGUUUCUCCCUUCCCUCCUACACAGGAGAAAUAUCUGGAAAAAUAUCGCCCCUCGGUUUUGUCCACUUCUUCACCUUCUCCCUGUAUCUUUAUCUUCCCUCUUGUCGGCUUUCCCUCUCUACCUUUUCCUUUUCCUUUUCCCUCCCUUGGGCGUGUGUUUCCAUCUCCAUCUUACCUUUCACCUGGCGUUCCCUUCUCGCUCCUAUUUCUCUUUCUGCACCUGUGUCCCUAUUUCCCCUUCUUGUUCUCUUUCCCCCUCGCUCCCGUCCUGUGUCACCAUCUUCCCUGCUGGCUUCAUUACCCUCCUCUGCCUAAGUCAGCUUGCCGUUCUUCCCCUGACGGAUUCCCCAAGCCCCUCUUCCCAGACCAAAGGGAACAAAAGUCCUUAAUUUGGAUUGACUGAGCCCCAGGAGCCCCGACAACCAUCAGGAUGGUCUUUUGCCCCACCCCCACGGCCUCUCCCUACCUUUUCCAACGUGUUGCAUGCUGGGAGCUGGGGGGGAGGGGGAUGCCGGCUUCAGGAGGUUGAAGUUUGGGAGCCAAAGCAACCUAAGAGGCCACCCUGGCGGCAGCGGCGGAGGCGCUUCGGUAAAAGGGUAAAAGGGUGGAAAGAGAAAACUCUUCUGCCGGGGGUGUGUGUGUGAAGGAGCACUCCUCUUCUUUACUUGUGGGGUUUAUUUUUUUUUUUUGUCCUCCCCACCCCCCAUCACCACCUUUUAAUUUAUUUGGUUGUUUCCGAAGGGAGGGUGGGGUGGGGUGGGCCGGGAGCUGUCUGAGGUGCUGAUCUGAGGUCGGCCCGGAAUCUUCCCGCGAGGGUACCAGGGACUGGGUUGGGCCUGGUGCCGUGUCCAAGGUGCCAAUGAUGCGGGCCGAACGCGCGGGCCGCACUGUCUGUCCGUCCGUCUGUUCUGGAGAGAACUAUAAAGCGCUGGAAGCGUCUGCA